AUGGUACAAGCCCCAGGCAUGAUGGAGAUUGAUGGAGAGGAAGGAGUGGAUAAACCAAGUUUUAUGCUGCUGGAUGACACCAGCAUUGCUGCACUAAUCCCAAGAAUUGGUCUCAGGGUUAAAUUCAAAAAGUUUCAUUCAGAGUUUUUGGGAGGUGAGACCAAUUCUACAUGGAUACAUCUCAAAGAGCGACGUCAGAUGGUGCGGUUGUUGGUUUCUCAGUUGAUGGAGAGAUUUGGGGAAAAAACCACACCUGAGAUCAAAAAGUAGAUGGCUCUAGCGCUAACUUGCCAGUUUCCUUGUUUGAAAAAUAGUGAGGGACAUGGAUGUGAGGCAUUGCAUACACCUGGUCGUUAUCUUCACCCUGAAACCAGGUAUUAAGAAGAAAGACUGCACAACUUGAGGAAAUGGCUUAGACCCCCACACAGCCAGAGACAGUACAGGCAGCCACAUUCAUCUCAGAAUUCCUCUUCUCGACCAAGUUUUCCACUGCCAGAGUCUGAGUUGUCUUUGACUGACAUUAACACAAUGAUUGAGUGGCUAAAGAACAACAGAAGCCCUCACAGUCAAGUUGAGGAGUUCAUGAAACUACAAGACUUUUCUGAAGGUCUGUUGUUUGUUGCACUUUAUGAAUUCUGGGCUCCUGUCAUCACUGACCAGAUUUUACUCUUUGCAAAGAAAGAACCCAGGGCUUUAAAUGUCCUUCCAGGAAAUCUGGAAACACUUGCAAUAGUUGGCACUAUAGUGCUGUACUUGAAUCACGAGAUAAGCCAGAAUCCACAUGUCCUGGUGCUCGGUGACAAGGACUCCUCCCAAGUUUUUAUUAUUUUAAACGGGGAGGCGAUGGAACAGAAGAUGAUUCUACAAGCAGUCGAUCUGUGUUUCGAACUUUUCUUUGUAUAUGACAUCCUCUUCCCAAAGCCCUCUGCUCAUAUUUGGGAGUUUUUGUAACACACAGUCUUCAAUAUUCCAGGAAGAGUUCCUUCUGCACACUGCCUCCUCCUUAAAAACUUUGUAUUUAGUAAUCAGUAA